GAAAAGAAAGAUGAGAGAGAAAACACAAGUUAUGGAUAUUUACGGGCAAGUCCUUCUCUACAAUCCAUAUAUUAACGUAAGAAAGAAAAAGCUUCGAAACUUCUUGCUUGAAAUUGAAACCAUUCUCUCUCUCUCUUUAAAUUGCUUGACACGAUUUUGGGAAUUGGGAUCAACAUUUCUAUCAGAUACGACCAUGAACAUCUUCACCAAGAAACCCACUGCCAAAGAGGCUCUUCGGGCGAGUAAGAGAGAGAUGAACAAUGCUACCAGAGGUAUUGAGAAGGAAAUUGGAGCAUUGCAACUAGAAGAAAAAAAGCUUCUUGCCGAGAUAAAGAGAACUGCUAAAACAGGGAAUGAGGCAGCAACUAGAACUCUGGCUCGGCAGCUAGUCCGACUUAGGCAACAGAUAGCCAACUUACAAGGCAGUCGAGCUCAAAUGAGAGGCAUAUCAACUCAUACUCAGGCUAUGCAUGCUCAAUCUUCAGUUGCUGUUGGCAUUCAGGGUGCCAGUAAGGCAAUGUCAGCCAUAAAUAAGCAAAUGGCACCCGAAAAGCAAGCAAAAGUCAUCCGGGAGUUCCAGAAGCAAUCUGCACAAAUGGAUAUGACUACUGAAAUGAUGUCUGAUGCAAUAGAAGAUGCCUUGGAUGAUGACGAGGCCGAAGAGGAAACUGAUGAGCUAACAAACCAGGUGCUAGAUGAAAUUGGCGUUGAAGUUGUCUCACAGUUGUCAACGGCUCCAAAAGGAAGAAUUGCAACAAAAAAUACUGGGGAUGCUAGCAGUUCUGGCAUUGAUGAGCUUGAGCAGCGGUUAGCAGCUCUAAGAAAUCCAUGAACUGAAGAAGAUUCCAACUCAUUUUUUCCCCCAACCUUGUAAUCUGUCGAUCUAAAUUAUGUGAGGCUGUACUUUGUACAUAGUUAUGGUGUUAAUUCAGAUAUACCAAUUGUUACUGGAAAAUGGAAGUAGGAAAAAGUCCAAGUUCAAUAUUUUGUUGGAUGCAUGUAAUGUAAUAUAAUGAGAUUUGGUUUAUGACUUUUCUCCAAUUGGCUCUCAAUAGAAUUUUCCCUGAUUUCAUUCACUA